AUGGAUGCGCCUCCAGCAGACAAGUUUCUCUAUCGUGCAUUCACGUCGGUGGCCGCGUUGGGGGAUUAUUUGUACAUCGAAGGGGGCGAGAUCAAGAUCGCGGGCGACGAGGUGAUCUCAAGACCGGUCAACUCGACGCUAUCUCUCCCCUUGAAAUCCUCCUGGAAGACCUCUAGCGCGCCGCUCAAUAGCAUCAACAAGGGCUCAGCGCCAACCGUCAAGCAGCCCGCACUUUGGCCCAGCCCAGAUGGAAAGACCAUCUACAGCUGGGGAGGCGAGGGGCCAUGGGCAGACGAAGCUGGAGCAAAGAACCGAUCAUUAUGGGCCUUCACGCCCGACUCCUUUGGUGGCGGAACAUGGGGUGUGCAGCAGCCUGCCAGCGCGAACAGUUUCGCUGCAAUUCACCGCACGGGACGAGCGCUAUACACAAGCUGUGGGCAGAUAGGAUUGUCUGUUAGUGGGUUUGGCGUAUCGAACACUGAUGAAUUUUUUCCGGAUCCCCGCAAAGAGAUACCGGUGUCGGGGCUGAUCACUUAUGAGAUGGACUCGAGAACAUGGUCAAACAAGACUGCCGUCCCCGCUUUGCAGCCCCAGUACGGAUGGCUCUGGGGUGCAGGAACAUGCAUGCCUCCCAGAAACAAGACAGAUCAUCUCGCCUUCUUCCUCGGCGGAGCAAAGACCUCGUCGACUUCAAUAGACUUCCCGAAGCUGGCAGACUUCAGCAACAUCACAUUUUAUGACCCCAAGGCCGACAGGUGGUACUGGCAGACAACGACGGGGACGGUGCCGCGAGGUCGUACCCUGCAUUGUGCAGUCGGUGUCUCGGGUAAGAACGAUACGCACGAGAUCUUCGUCUACGGUGGGACAAAUACGGCAGUCAACAGCGUAGACGCGUACAACGACCUCUUCAUCUUGACGAUACCUGGGUUCCACUGGACUCAGGCGAACGUGAUUAGCCCACCGCGCCAGCUACAUUCCUGCGCUCAUGCCGGGAACAGCCAGAUGAUUGUAGUAGGAGGCUGGGAGAGCGCGGCAUUCAACUGGCCGCCCGGCCCGGAUCAGUGGCCACUUGGGAUUGGUGUGUUCGACAUGAAGCAACUAUCUUGGAGAGACUCGUAUGAUGCGAAUGCGGCAGACUAUGACACGCCAGAUGACAUUCAGCGGUGGUAUGCGGGAGGCAGCUCCAACACCCCAAAAGAACAGAAAAGCUCGUCGACUGGUACCAUUGUCGGCGGCACGAUCGGCGGUGUAGCUCUGCUGGCCUUGAUUGGCCUGUUCUACUUCCUCUGGAAGCGCCGCAAGGCCGCUGCCAAAGCUUCGCCCACCAAAGAAAGGGAGUAUGAAAGCCCGCAUUAUCCAGGCUUAGAACUCCCUGGUGACGAAUACUACGCCUCCAAAGAGUAUGGAAAUGUGUCGAAGACACCGCAAGAGCACGACAGUGCUUGGAACAUGGAUCGCGGUGCAAAGUACCCGAUGCGAGAACCACAGGAGCUGGAAACACAAUAUCACAGAGCCGAAUUAGCCUGA